AUGCACAAUCAUCAUACUAGUGUCGGAGAUGAAUCGACAUCAUCUUCAUCAAAUACUACCACACCAGAAUUCAAACCAGAAGUAAACGAACUCCUACAAAUUCAACCACUCCCACCAUCUUCAUCAUCCUUGUCGCAACAACAACAACAACAACAGCAACAGCAACAGAGGCAUACAAUUACAGAAUCACAACAUUUAGAUUAUGCAACUCUUGUACCUGUUCAAUCACUUCCAACCACAAAAAUUGAAUUAGAAACACCGACAAUGCAUUAUUACGACAAUUCACAGCCCAUUCCAGGAUCGAGUUAUAUGCUAACCCAAUCACCCUAUGAUGUGAACCAUUCCGUUGAAAAAUCCAAUCUCGAUCUGGUAUCACGUCAACAGUCGUCGACGGCUACAACAACAACUGCACCGUCAGGAAAUCGACGUGGUAAUACACCAUCAAAACCACCAUAUUCGUAUAUAAGUCUCAUUACAAUGGCAAUACAGCAUGCACCAUCCGGAAUGGUAACGUUAAAUGAUAUUUACACAUUUAUUAUGAAUGUAUUUCCAUACUAUCGACAAAAUCAACAACGUUGGCAGAAUUCUAUUCGUCAUUCAUUAUCAUUCAAUGAUUGUUUUGUUAAAGUUCCACGUGGACCUGAUCGUCCCGGAAAAGGUUCAUAUUGGACAUUGCAUCCCGACGCUGGAAAUAUGUUCGAGAAUGGUUGCUAUUUGCGACGACAGAAACGUUUCAAAUGCACAAAACAAGCAUCAAAAGCUCGAUCACGCGCAGCUAAUAAUGGACAACAUCAACAAUCUUCAUCAGGUAUUACAUCGACAAAUCUGAAUAAAAACGAUCCAUUAGCAUCAAACAGUGGUGAAUCGGAUGAUGAUGAUGAUGACGAUGAAGAUGAGGGUGAAUCGAUUGAAAAUGGUAAUGGAAGAGAUGAUGAACAUCAUCGAUCGAUGCUCAUGGACAGUCAAGUUCACAUGCCAUUGACACGAACGUCAGCAUCGACUCCGACGCAUAUAUCACUGAAUCAUUCAACUCUCACAAUAAAUCAUUUUACUGCACCUAUACCAAAACUUUUAUCAACAAGUGAAGAUGCCUAUCAUCAACCAAACGGCAACGGUGUUCUUAUUUCUCCUUCAUCUAAGCAGCAUGAAACAUGUCAAUCAGUUCCUCGUUCUCCUCAAACUCAACAUCAUUCAACACAUCAUCACCCUCAUCAUCAUCAUUCCCAUCCACUCUAUUCCAACGAACAACAACAACAGCAACAUUUCCUUUCGAUGUCUCACACUCCUAUUUAUGCAAGUUUACAACCAUUUUCAACAAAUACAACAUCAACAGACAUGGUCUACUCGAAUAACACUUCCGCAUCAGCCAAUUCAACCAAUUAUUAUCCAGCAGAAUCAUCACCGGCAUCGUCGACGACUUCACUUCAUCCACAAGCAUCAUCAUCCUACUAUUUCAGCCAAUUUCCUCCAACGUCGUCCUCACCAGUUAUAUGA